AGGUGGGAACACAAAAAAACCAACUGUGAAAGUGUCAAACGGAAAAAUACCAUUCACCAGACUAAACGUAGUUUUAAAGCGCUGCAACAUAGCUGUUUAGUUGAAACUUAAACCUCAAUCAACGCUUAAACCGAUUAUUUCUGGUGAACGCAGCCAAUGAUUGAGAUCACAGAUCACCUACCUCCUAAGAGAGUUAAGUGAUCUGUGAUUGAGAUUGAAGAAGAAGAAAGAGUAGGGUUAUGGGUUAUGUUUACAAAAUUGCUGUUUCCAAGUUUUUGAAAUUUUAAUUUGAAAUAACAAUGAAAAUUUCUAUAGAAUUUGGUGGAGGUGCGGAACUGUUAUUUGGAAAUAAAAAAAGUCAUGAUGUAGAUUUACCAGAAAAAGAAAAUAGUUGGACCAUUGGAAAUUUAUUAAUAUGGAUGAAAGAUAAUAUGUUACAAGAAAGACCCGAAUUAUUUCUUCAAGACAAAUCUGUACGUCCAGGAAUUUUAGUUCUAGUUAAUGAUGCAGAUUGGGAACUGAUGGACACAGUCAAUUACCUCAUACAGCCAAAUGACAAGAUUAUUUUUAUAUCUACUUUACAUGGGGGAUAAACUUUUAGGCGCAGUAAAUAGGAACAUAAUAUAUGUACAGGGAUAUAAAUACAUUUUGUUGGCUGUAUUUGCUUAUUUUUUACGAAUACAUAUUUUUAAGUAGAAAA